AUGCCGAGAGAAGCUUCAGUGUCCUCCAACACCAAGCCAUCGCGUGUGCAACCAUAUAGAAAGGCGAAGAACGAAGUGAGAGAAACGACACCCUCAGCCGCUUCAGCCAUAGGAAAGAACAGCAGAUCCAGUCGUUCUCAGAACAAGCAACAACAACAAGCACCACCCUCAACACCACUCUGGCGAACCGAGCAGGAGCAAAACAUUACCGCGCCCGUCUACUUCUGGAAACCUCAUGAGUCCUGGGGAUUCUUCUCUCAGUGGUACGCCUGUCCAAUCAAAGACCCUGAGACAAACACAACUUUCUCCUGCAACGAGCAGUUCAUGAUGUAUCACAAAGCCCUCACUUUCAACGAUGCAGAAAUCGCGCAGCAGAUCCUCGACACAGAUAAUCCCAAGAAACAGAGAUCGCUGGGCAGGAAAGUUCGUGGUUUCACUGACGAGAAGUGGAACCAGGUCAGAUAUGAGAUCGUGGUGGAGGCGAACAGGCUGAAGUUCAAUCAGGGUACAGCCAGAAGCGAUGAUGUGUUCGUGUACCCACCACAUGGCUGGGUACAAGAAGAAGGCCUGGAGGAGAUGACACUUGGAGAAUUGCUGAUUGGCACUGGGAAUAGAGAACUGGUCGAAGCAAGUGCGCGAGAUCGAGUAUGGGGUAUUGGAUACAGUCAAAGCAAAGCUCGGGACACUCCUAGAGCGAAGUGGGGUAGGAACUUCCUAGGCAAGGCUUUGAUGGAAGUAAGAAGUCAGUUGACACAACAAGAUGCCGUGCAGGAUGCGGUCCAACAGUGA